CCUUCCCAUGCCCACAGUGAACUCUUAAAACCCCGUAGCCGCUUAAAGAGGGCAAGCUUCUCUUUGAACAUCCCAGAUACGUUUUGUAAUUUGUAAUUUCUUGUUCCACUACACAAGCUACUCUAGUAUCCACUGACAGAUCUGAUCUAGGGUUUGUUCUCUCGUUAACUAGAAAUGGCGAUUUCUUCACAAACGCCUGAUAUUUUAGGCGACCGCCAAUCCGGCCAAGACGUUCGUACCCAAAACGUGAUGGCGUGUCAAGCAGUUGCCAACAUUGUUAAAUCCUCGCUUGGUCCUGUCGGACUCGACAAGAUGCUUGUUGAUGAUAUUGGUGAUGUAACCAUAACUAAUGAUGGUGCUACGAUUCUCAAGAUGUUAGAAGUUGAGCACCCAGCUGCCAAGGUACUUGUGGAGUUGGCUGAGCUUCAGGACCGAGAAGUUGGAGACGGAACAACAUCAGUGGUUAUUGUGGCUGCUGAGUUACUGAAGAGAGCGAAUGAUCUGGUGAGGAAUAAGAUUCACCCUACAUCUAUUAUCAGUGGAUACAGACUUGCAAUGAGGGAAGCUUGCAAAUAUGUUGAAGAAAAAUUAGCAGUGAAGGUUGAGAAGCUGGGAAAAGAUUCUUUAGUGAAUUGUGCUAAGACAAGCAUGUCCUCAAAAUUGAUUGGCAGUGGCAGUGACAGUGACUUUUUUGCCAAUUUGGUUGUAGAUGCAGUACAAGCAGUGAAGAUGACUAAUGCACGAGGGGAAGUCAAAUACCCAAUCAAGGGAAUCAAUAUUUUGAAAGCUCAUGGAAAAAGUGCGAGAGAGAGCUACUUGUUGAAUGGGUAUGCACUGAAUACUGGCCGUGCAGCCCAAGGGAUGCCACUCAGAGUUGCCCCUGCAAGGAUUGCUUGUCUUGACUUUAACCUUCAGAAGACAAAAAUGCAAUUGGGUGUGCAAGUCUUAGUCGCUGAUCCCAGGGAGCUUGAGAAAAUUCGUCAAAGAGAAGCUGAUAUGACAAAGGAACGUAUUGAGAAACUUCUGAAAGCUGGCGCCAAUGUUGUUUUGACAACAAAAGGAAUUGAUGACAUGGCACUGAAGUACUUUGUGGAAGCUGGUGCUAUUGCUGUUAGACGUGUUCGAAAAGAGGAUAUGCGCCACAUUGCCAAGGCAACUGGUGCAACCAUGGUUUCAACAUUUGCUGAUAUGGAAGGGGAAGAAACAUUUGAUUCCUCGUUUCUUGGAUCUGCUGCUGAAGUGGUAGAGGAACGUGUUUCCGAUGAUGAUGUGAUUAUGAUAAAAGGGACUAAAACUACAAGUGCAGUCUCAUUGAUACUUAGAGGAGCAAAUGACUAUAUGCUUGAUGAGAUGGAUAGAGCUCUACAUGAUGCUUUAUGUAUAGUCAAGAGGACCCUCGAGUCAAAUACGGUGGUAGCAGGUGGAGGCGCAGUUGAAGCUGCCUUGUCUGUGUAUUUGGAGUACCUUGCUACAACCCUAGGAUCCCGAGAACAGUUGGCAAUCGCUGAGUUUGCUGAAUCUUUAUUAAUUAUACCAAAGGUGCUUGCUGUAAAUGCUGCCAAGGAUGCAACUGAAUUAGUUGCAAAACUACGGGCGUACCACCACACUGCACAAACUAAGGCUGAUAAGAAACAUUUAUCAAGCAUGGGACUAGAUCUUUCAAAGGGUGCCAUCCGUAACAACUUGGAAGCAGGAGUUAUUGAACCUGCAAUGAGCAAAGUGAAGAUUAUUCAGUUUGCAACUGAAGCAGCCAUAACCAUUCUUCGAAUUGAUGAUAUGAUCCGGCUUGCCAAAGAUGAAAGUCAAAACGAGGAGUAGAUUAGAAUCUUGACAGCAAUCUUUUUGGGUAUCUAGGAAGAGUAAGGGGGGUGGGUUGGAAUUGAAGAGGGCUCUCUGGUUUACGUUGGCUCCUCAAUUGAAUUAAAACUGGAGACAGGAUUUGUUAUGUUUUGUAAUGUUUGUUUGUUCACUUGAUGAAGUAUUUUGUGGCAGAUUACACUGGGAAAUUUUCAGUAAGGGAACUCGUAGAAGAUGGUUUUGAUAUUGAGAGGGAACAGUUGGAGCCAGAAAUCUUCAUUAAAUACUAGAUUUUUAUGAAGAAGCCCUUAGCUGAGAGUGCUGAAACUCCCAACAUCAAUAUUAGUUGUUUUCGUUGUGUAAAAAAUUAUCUGGAUGCUUUGAUGCUUUUUGAUGGACAAAUGAAGGAUUUCUAAUCACUUUUUUAU